AUGCACAAGCUUGACGAAACGAGCAACUCUAAAGAGUUCCAUUGCAGACUCUUUUUUAGAGCGUGUGAUUCAGUUAUCAGGAACACUGAUAUAUUAGUGUUAGUUUGUGGCAGGGACAGUGAUUAUGUGUCUACCUUCAGGUGUCUGUUAGCAAAGAUUAAACUGCAGGUACAGUUUAGUUUUUUCCUUAUAAUUGUACUGCUCUCCAUAGAUGUGCUCAAUGGAUAUAACGGAACGAUAUUUGCUUAUGGGCAGACGUCGAGUGGGAAGACCCACACAAUGGAGGGUCAUCUUAAUGAUCCGGUCAACCAAGGAAUUAUUCCUCGAAUUGUACAAGAUAUAUUCAAUUACAUCUACAAUAUGGAUGAAAAUUUGGAGUUUCACAUUAAGGUUUCCUAUUUUGAAAUUUACCUUGACAAGAUCAGAGAUCUAUUAGAUGUUACAAAAACAAACCUAGCUGUUCACGAAGACAAAAAUAGAGUGCCUUAUGUGAAGGGUGCAAGUGAAAGGUUUGUGUCCAGUCCUGAGGAGGUUAUGGAAAUCAUUGAUGAAGGAAAAGCCAAUCGGCAUGUAGCAGUGACAAACAUGAAUGAGCAUAGUUCAAGAAGUCACAGCAUUUUCCUCCUUCACAUCAAGCAAGAAAAUGUGGAAACCAACAAGAAAUUAAGUGGCAAACUUUAUUUGGUUGACUUGGCUGGAUCUGAAAAGGUCAGCAAAACUGGAGCUGAGGGUGCUGUCCUGGAUGAAGCUAAGAACAUCAACAAGUCAUUGUCGGCUUUAGGAAAUGUCAUUUCUGCUUUAGCAGAAGGAACGAAAACCCAUGUUCCCUACAGAGACAGCAAAAUGACUAGAAUAUUGCAGGAAAGUUUGGGUGGCAAUGCACGGACAACCAUAAUCAUCUGCUGUUCACCUUCGUCAUUCAAUGAACAAGAGACGAGGUCAACUCUUAUGUUUGGCCAAAGAGCGAAGACCAUUAAAAAUGUAGUGGUCAUCAAUGAAGAACUCACAGCAGAGGAGUGGAAGAGACGUUACGAGAAAGAAAAAGAAAAGGUUUCUAAGCUCCGAGCGGCCGUGGGGAAAUAUGAACAAGAACUGCAACGGUGGAGGGGAGGUGAGUCAGUUCCUACUGACGAACAGAUGACAAAUUCCAAAGACAAUCGCAACUCACAAGUUUUUGAGAGCCUUGCUCUCUUAGCUCCUUCACAGCCUGCUGUGAGCGACAAAGAAAGAAAGAAAUUUGAAGAUGAAAAGUCGAAGCUUUACACUCAGCUAGAUGAGAAGGAUGAUGAAAUUCAAAAUCAAGCACGAUUAAUUAACCAACUGAAAGAGCAGUUGGGUGAACAAGAGGACGCUCUGAAGGCAACUCAGGUGGACAGCGAGAAGCUGCAGUCACAGAUCAGUUCUAUGCAGAGCGAGAGCGAGACGUCGAAAACUGAAGUCAAGGAAGUACUCCAAGCUCUUGAAGAGCUGGCAGUGAAUUACGAUCAGAAGCUGCAAGAGGUGGAGACGAAAACUAAAGAAAACGAAAAGUUAUCUGAUGAAGUGUCACAGAAGCAGACACAGCUCAGCAAAGUUCAAAAAGAACUCGUGGAGAUCAAGGACAGCACAUCAGUGUUGAGAAAAAGACUGGCUGAAAUGAUGAACAGUCUACUGUCUGAUUUGGGUGAAAUUGGUAAUGUCAUUGGAGGAAAUGCUGCUGAAAUCAAGAAACCCAACAUUGAUUGCAGCGGCAAGUUGGACGAAGACUUCACCGUGGCCCGACUUUACGUGAAUAAAAUCAAGUCAGAAGUGAAAACUCUGUCUGUGGUGAGUGAGUGGGUGGAGUCACUGACUGACAGUGAGUGACUGAAAAGAAUUUGAAAAUUCUUCAGGGACCUGGUUCAAAUCGAAUUUAACGAGCUUGAUCACGAUUUACGUCAGGAGCUAUGUUUAAAAUUUCUAUCAAAUGUUUCCCGCGCUGAAUCGUCAAUUGAAGAUAUUCUUGAUUCGUUAAACGAUGUUAUAGAAGAGGUGCUGAGAAACGCCAAGCCAAGGGUUUAUUUUUUUAAAAAGAGUCAUUUAUUUUUAAUUCAAAUGGUGUAUGUUUCAUUGCAGUCUGCACUGGAGAAGCAAAUGAUCAGCCAUCGUGAGGCGCACCAAAAACAACUGUCUGCUCUGAGAGACGAGAUUGAAUCUCAGCAAGGAAUUAUUGCAGCAACUAAAGAAACCAAUCAGAAGCAAGCUUUAGAAAGGGAUCACCUUAUGCUUGAAAAUGAAGCUCUGAAGCGUGAACUUGCAGAGAAAUCUGAUCGAUUGAUGGACUUGAAUGUACAAGUGGAAAAGAGAGAACAGGCAAAGAACGAUCUUAAGGGACUCGAAGAGACGGUGCACAAAGAGUUGGCGACACUUUACCGACUUCGGCAGUUGUUUGUCAAAGAUUUGCAGGCUCGAUUAAAAGUGACCAACGCGGACACGGACGCAGAGGAGGAAGGGGGAAGUCAAGCACAAAAACAAAAGAUUGCUUUUUUAGAGAAUAAUUUGGACCAGCUAACGAAGGUCCAUAAACAACUCGUUAGAGAUAAUGCCGACCUGAGGUGCGAACUGCCCAAGCUAGAGAAGCGCCUGCGAGCAACGCAAGAGCGGGUGAAGUCAUUGGAGCAGGCUCUGAAAGAGGCCAAGGAAGGCGCGCAGAGGGACCGGGCACGAUAUCAGAAGGAAGUGGAGAGAAUUCGGGAAUCCAUGAGGCAGAAACAGGCGGCUGCUAGGAAGGGUGCCCAAGGACAUAUCGCCAAACCUAUCCGCCCUGGCCAGCAGCCAACAUCACCCAGUGUCCGUCCCAGCAGCAGUUCCGGCAUUGGUAGCGCCUUAUUGGGUAUGACACGUCUGGCUGGCGGAGCAGUCAUGGGUUCCAACGUUCCCAACAGUCCCAGCACGCCCAGUAUACCCAGCUCGCCCAAUGGUGCCACCAUAGUGACGCCCGUAAUUCGUGGCGGGAAAGGCUCGGAACCCGUGGUGACGUAUAGCAAGAGGAUACGAAACGCAGUUAGUACGGAGUCUCUUAAUCGCCCCUUGCCACAGGGGAGUCCUAGGUGAGUUUUAAUAAGGUGUC